CUCUUUCUUUAGGCAGAAAUAAGGUGUCAUUGUGGUGUCAUUUUUGUUUCACCGGUGACAGGUCGUACACAGAUUAUCUUUCUCUCAUUCUCUCCCCCUCUCUCUCUCUCCACAGGAACUCCACCAAUUUCCAUUUCUACUGCUGAUGACAUAAGCGUAUUUGCUGAGAUGGGUGUUAGCUUCAAAUACUGGGAUGAUUGCCUCGACGCAGACGACAUGGAAGAAAUGUGGAAUGAUGUGGAGGUGAGUAAGGAAUGGAUUGACGCUGGAGAAAUGAAAGGACAGAAAGUUCACUUGUCACGCGAUCCUGAUGGACAAGCAUUUCUCACACAGACUGAGAUGAAGGCUGUGGCUGGGAUUGUCGCUCGUAGGCAUUUCUUAUCGCAGAUUGAUCCGGACAUGAUUUGUGCUAUUUCUGAACUUGAAAGUGAUAGACAACCUCUUGCAAUGCGGUACAAUAAAAAAACUAAGGACACCACUGUGGGGAUAAUGCAGGUUCUACCAAAAACUGCAGAGUGGCUAGUGAGGGAGAAUGGUUACCAGACCUAUCAAAUUGAAGGGAACUUGGAGCUAUUGCACAAGCCUUUUAUAAAUGUUUUUUUUGGUGCAGCAUACCUUAAGUGGUUAUCAAGUUAUGAUGGAAAAGAUAGGAACGAAGAGUUUGUGGUGAGGGCUUAUAGAGGGGGCCCAAAGAAAGCUAAUCACAAGUCAACAUUGGAUUAUUGGAGAAGAUACCUUUUGGUGAAGCAGAGUCUGCCAUCUAGGAGACGGAUGUUCGAGAAUCAUUCUUCAGUGCCUAACGAUUCUGCACCUGCUGUACAUGUUCCACAGGAUAAAGGUGAAUGGAGAUACUGGGACUCAAGAGCUUCGCCAGAAGACAUGGAAGAGUUGUGGAAGGAUUCUGAUGUGCUCAGAGAAUGGACUAAAUCUGGAGAGCAACGAGGAAAAGUGCGCUUUUCACAUGAUCCAGAGAAAAGACCAUACCUUUCUCGGCCAGAAUUGAGGGCAGUUGCUGAAAUUAUCGUUUCUAAGCACUUCAGUGACAGUGGAAUCAGACCUACUGCGCUAUCUGCCCUUGCAGAGGUCAACGGCAAGCGUUUUGUGGAUGGUAUUGGUUCUCACACUGGCAUCAUGGGGAUUGAUUAUGAAAAAGCAGUCUGGCUUCACAGGGAACUUGGUUACAAGGCAUACAAAAUUGAUUCUGUUGAGGAUCUUCUGAACCCGUUCGCUUCCAUGUACUUCGCUGCAGCUUACUUGGUCUGGCUAAACAAAUAUGAAGGAAGGGAACGAAGUCCUCAGUUUGUCAUUCAAGCUUAUCUUGGGGGACCGGAGAACGUUAAACUUCAAGAGACUGGCCCCCUUUGGCUUAAGUUUGAACAAGCUUUAAGCUACUAUGAAGAUCCAAAAUCUCUUAGGGAACAAGGAGGAAGCUGCAUCAUUUUGUAAAGUGUAUAUCUGUCUACGUUACUUGGAAAACAUCAUACCAAGAAAAGUCAUUCCACAUACUGUAAAAUCAAUAGAGAUCUUAUUUUUGAGAAGACAACCUUUUGCUUGGCACAAACAGGGAGCAGAACGCCUUGGAAACAAAUAAGAAAACAACUGAUUAAGUUAGCAUGGACAUGUAUACUAUUUCACCUGAGUGAAGAUUUUAGUGAAAAAUUUAUGUAUAAUGCAUAAAACUAAUUUGAUCUGUUUGUACUGAAUCUAUUGAUUUAUUUGCACUUUGUAGGCAAUGUAGUUGUCAGGUAUCUUCAGAUCA